CGCUGGCAGAGUUCCGCUUCGUUCCAAUCAGCCACGGCUUCGAUACGCGCAGUAGUCUCCCGUCAAUUAGAGUGUGAAAACGUGACGCUCCACAGCAACGGCAAAUAAAACGACGCCGCCACAGAGACAUCCUUUCGCAGGAUACAACCAAAAUAUAACAUAUACACACACACGCGCAACAACAAUAGCAGCAGCUAGUUGAAUGGAAAAAAAUUCAAACAAAUUAAAUGUAAAAUUCCAUUAAAAUAUAAUGAGGUGUCAAGUGUAAAACGCAAAGUCGCCUUUAGGAGAGCCGAAUGUGCAAUGUGAAAGACAGCUUAAAAUAUUGUGCGUGUGUGCCCGUGUGCGUGUGUGUGUGCGUGCGUUGAUGUAAAUACAACGAAAAUCGCUGAACGCCGAAAAUAAAGCAGCAGAAAUCAACGAAGUCGAAGACGACGUCGCCGUCAACGAGGCGGCCACUCGCCAAAAAGCAAAGGCAAUCUAAGGAACAGAAGCAGUCGCAGAGGCAACGCCGAGACGCAUGUACGCUCUAUGCUCAGCGCUGGCUGGUGGCCGAAGUCGUCUAAAACGGCCAACGAUCGUGUGAACUGUGCGUAUACUUAAUAUUUUUUGUGUGUGGAUCAGCCAGGUGUGCAGCCAGCGUUAGCAACAACAAGGACAACAAACAACCAAAAUGUUCACUUCAAAGCGACAACAACAACAACAACAACAAGGACUACUGCAGCCAGGACAUCAAAGACACGUUUGGCUGUUGUCUCUAUUGCUGCUGCUGCUGACAUUGCUGGGGCAACAUCAAUGCAGCAACAUCGUGGAGCCAGAGGAGGCCGCUUUUCAAGGUCACUGCGGACACACGAGUCCCUGCGAGCAGCUGUGCUAUGAGAUACACGAUGGGAUGUACGAGUGCGAUUGCAUCGAGGGCUACGAGCUAAAUAAGAACGGCUACAGCUGUCAAGUCAUAAACACGACAAACAGCGGCGCGGAUGGACAUGGCAAAUCGGAUGAGGAUGUGCUCUAUCAGAAGGGCGCUUCCUUUAGCGCCAAGUUGGCCAACGACAGGCCCGACCUGGCCCAGACCCGCAGCUACGCGGCAGCCGAAGCUGAACGGCAAAGCCAAGCGGAUGUGGCUGAUGCGGAUGCGGAUCCGAAUGCGGAUAGCGAAUAUGAUUACAACGACGAGAAUUUAGAUGAUGGCGGCAUGCGGGAACAGAAAGUCAAUUCAAACGAUUAUUACAUAUCAGCCGAGAGCAUUAGCUUCAACGAGAAUCAAGAACUGGAUGCGGCCGACUUUAAGGUGGCGACCACAACAAAAACAACAACAGCAGCAGCAACAACAACAACAACAACAGCCAGAGCAACAACAACAACAACAACAACAAAAGCUGAACAGCGCAAUGUGCUGGAUUACGGGUCGGCAGAUGCGGAUGUGGAUGUGGAUGAGUAUUAUAGCUACAAGUCGGACAUGUCCAUCUACGAUGAUGUCAAUAAUAAUCAAUUAAAUUUAAGACGCAACAGCAACAGCAAUUCGCAAACAUAUCAACAGACUAGCAACAACUACAAUAACAACUUGAACAACGACAACACAAAAGUCGCUAUACAUAUCAAUAAAAAUGCUGCCAAUUCCAACAUAUCAGCUAAAACAACAACAACAGCAACAACAACAACGACAACAACAACUCCUGCAGCAACAACAACAGUCAGCAGCAGCAACACACUUUGCAAUCUGGACUGCGGCUCGGAGGGCAUUUGCGCUCUCGAGGCAACGGCGUCCACUGCCCGCUGCCUGUGCCCCUUUGGCAAAACGGGCGAAGGUUGCGUCGAAGAUAUCAGGGCGCACGUGCCACGCUUUGCGAAACGCUCCUGGCUGGCAUUUGCCGCUCUGCAUGGCGCCUAUAAGCAUGUGCAGCUGCGCCUGGAAUUCCGUCCAGAAGCCUUUGAUGGCAUCAUACUGCUGAGCGGGGAACGUGAUGAUCUAACCGGCGAUUUUAUGGCCCUGCUGCUUAACAAGGGCUUUGUCGAGUUCUGGUUCGAUUGCGGCUCCGGUGUGGGCAGCGUUCGCUCCAGGGAGACCAUCAUGCUGAACGAAUGGAACUCGGUGAUUAUCUAUCGCCAUCGCUGGGAUGCCUGGCUGGUGCUCAAUCAUGGCACCAAAGUCCAGGGCCGGUCCAAUGGUCUAUUCUCGCGCAUCACCUUCCGCGAACCGGUCUUCUUGGGCGGCAUAGGCAACAUCACCGGCCUGGCCAAGCGAUUGCCCCUGGCUGAGGGCUUUGCCGGCUGCAUACGACGUUUUGUGGCCAACGAGCACGACUAUAAGUUCACGGAUCAUCCCUUGGGCGAUGUUAUCAACGGAUUCGACAUACAGGACUGCUCGACGGACAAGUGUGUGCGUUAUCCCUGCCAGCAUGGCGGCAAGUGCUUGCCCUCGGAUCAGGGCGCCGUUUGCCUGUGCCCCAUUGGCUUUGUGGGUGAUUUGUGCGAGAUACGCAUGGAUCUGCAGGUACCCGCUUUUAAUGGCUCCUCGUUUCUGCGCUAUGCGCCGCUGGGCGACAGCGCCUUAAUCUGGCUGGAGCUGAAGGUUAUAUUAAAGCCGGAACAGGCAGACGGCCUGAUACUCUACUCUGGACCCGAGCAGCGUGGCGAUUUCAUAGCUUUGUAUUUGCACGACGGCUUUGUGGAGUUUGCUUUCGAUUUGGGCAGCGGACCCGCCAUGGUGCGCAGUGAGCACUCGCUGAGUCUGGGACAAUGGCAUACCAUCAAGAUCUCAAGGACCGCACGCCUGGCCGUGCUCAAGAUCGAUCAGCAUCAGGAGGUCAUGACCAUAUCCUCGAACGGCUUUUGGCAUCUGUCGCUGGCGCAAAACCUAUUUGUGGGCGGGGUCAAUCAUGUGGACCGCCUGCCACUGGAUCUCAAGUACAAGUCCUUCUUUGUGGGCUGCAUUCAGCGCAUUGACAUCAAUGGCCACUCGCUGGGCAUUGUGGCCGAGGCGCUCGGCGGCAGCAACAUUGGCAACUGCCCGCACGCGUGUGUUGCCCGUCCGUGCGGCCCGCUGGCCGAGUGCGUGCCACAAAUGGAGAGCUACGAGUGCCGUUGCAGCAUCUACAACGAGCGCUGCAACAAGGCAGCUGAAGUGCCGCCCGAGCAGCUGCCGGAGCUGAUGCUCCACAAGCAGCAGCACAAUGCCCAAACACUUGAACCCAAACAAUACAAAGGAGUUGAGUCUAAGAAACUGUCGGCGCACAAGAAGCAUGCCACAAAGCGCAAGAAUUUGCAUAAGCACAAGGCACCGACACCUGCAAUCACCUCCACCACCUCCACCACCAGCACAACCACAACGACUACAGCAACGCCCCCCACAGAAGCAGCAGCAUCUGGUGCACCGAGCAAUGAGGAAAUCGAAGAUGAUAUCAUUUUCCGCUUUGUGCAUGACAAUGCCGCACAAGCGGCCGCCAGUCCAAUUGGGGGGCAGCAGGUGAAGGGGAUGGGCGAGCAGCCCGCACUCCUGGGCAAGCAGCAUGUGAGCAAGCAUGAGCAUCACCAGAAGCCCAACGCCUUUGCUCGUAAACUUAGCCGUCUGCCCACACACUAUGAAAGUUUCCAGACAAAUCCCGACAGCGAUAUACUCACAUUUGAUGAUAACAACGAUUGGGUGGCCAGCCUCCAGCAGCAGGAGUAUGCGGAUGCCAUGGCGACCAGUCAAGUGGGCACUCCACUUGCCAGCUCAGCUGAAGGUAAUGCGAAUGCGAAUGCGGCAGGUGAUGGGGAUGUGGAUGCGGAUGCGGAUGCGAGUGGCUUUGUUUUCGACGAAUCGUUGUUUGAUGCCUCCGACGGUGCUGAGGAUUAUCAACGAAAGCAGCUCGCCCAGGACAUGAAACGCAUCAUGUCCAAUACACACACGCACACACACACGCUGAAGCAGGGACAGGAGCAGCAGCAGCAGCAGCAGCAGCAGGCAUCACCUGUCGCCGCCGAGCCGCAGUACGAAGAUUACAGCGACGACGAGCUGCUGACGCCCGUGCUCAAGUCCGAGCCGGUAGCAGUUGCUCCGAGCACACCGCAAACCCACACCGACUGGAGUCUGCUGAAGAAAUUCGAUCUGUCCGCGGAGCAUCAGUCGCAGGUACAGAGCGUGCGCAAGAAUUUUGGCGCCUGCUUUGCCGGCACCGACAGCUAUUUCCACUACAACGAUGCCGACACCAUGAGCCAGGUCAUCAGCUACAACAUUGACCUCAAUCUGCGCAUCAAGACGCAUUCCGAGAACGGUGUCAUACUAUGGACGGGACGCCAGGGCACAACCGAGCUGCACGAUGACUACUUGUCGCUGGGCAUUGAGCAGGGAUAUUUGCAUUUUCGCUACGAUCUGGGCGCUGGCGAGUUGGACAUACGCUUUAAUGGCACCAAAGUCAGCGAUGGACUCUGGCACCGCGUUCGGGCCAUACGAAACUCCCAGGAGGGCUAUCUGGAGGUGGAUGGACGUAAGACCAUGACGCUACGUGCGCCGGGCAAGCUGCGGCAAUUGAAUACCGAUACCGGACUCUAUGUUGGUGGCAUGCCCGAUGUGGCUUACUUUACGCAUCAGCGCUAUUUAAGUGGCAUUAUUGGCUGCAUAUCUGAGAUCGUGCUGGCUGGCGAGAAAUUGAACUUUGAUCCGAACACGUUGGGCACGGCGCACAAUGUGGAGACAGGCCUACUAUGAAACGCUGCACUUGCAUAAGAAGCGUCAAGACUUUUGAUAUAUCAAAUAGUUUAAAUGUUAUUAUUUUCAAUUAACGAAAUGUUUACAAAAUGUAUAUUUCGUUUGUGUUUGUACAAAGACGCUUUUAAAAUCAACUGAGAAAGAGAAAGAGGAGACAAGGAGACGAGACGAGAAGAGAAGGAAGUUCUAGUUGGGGGAAUUUUUUUACGCCAAGAGACGAGCUGAGAAGUAACUAAAGUAAAUAUAGUAAACCAUACUACAUAUGAUAUAGUGCAUACAAAACAUAUUGAUUAUAUACAAAUGCAUUCAUAGAUAUAUAUAUAUGUAAAACGAAAGAAACCCAAAAAACAAGGCAUGCUUCACAUAGCCUGUGACUGUCAAUACUUCAGAAUGGAAUAGUUUAUAUAUAACUUUAGCAAAGAUUUAUAAAAUGAAAACUGCGUAAACGAGCCUAAAAAAAACAAACCACAUAUUGUAUCUAGAAAAUGAGCAACAAAGAGAUGAAGAGUGUGCACAUGUUUUAUGUCCAUUUUGAGCGCUUUGAUUUAAGUGAACGUUACGCUUUGUGUGCAGAGUUGCCACCUUUUUGUAAGACACUCACACACACACACACACACACACACAAUUAUAUACUCGUAUACACACGUAUACACACGCAUAUUGGCAAUACUUUCGUCUUUCGCAUUGCUGUACCUUAAAAAAAAAUGAAGAACAAAAAACAAACUAUAACUGUACAUUCUGUACUUCUUGAAAGUUCUAUAACUGUCAACAACAAAAAACAAAAGUUAAUUGAGGCGAAUACGAAGAAGCAGCAGAGUAAACAUACUUAUUAAAUGGUAAGUUAAUAAAUGUGUAGCGUGUAUUAGAUUGUAAGUUGGCACACACACACACACACACAUACACACACGAAGCCUGCCUAUGUAAACUUUUAUAUAAACGAAAAUACACCAAUAACAACAACAAAAAAACAUACGUAAGCUACACACACACACACACACACAGACACCCAAGACGCGCUGAACCAGAA